AUGAGCUUUAAUCUAGACGCGCUUUUCCUCGAGUCGCUUGACGUGUGCGCGGAGAGUUCUCCAGCCAGUCUAUCGAGGCAGGGCUCUCAUAUCAAGGCCGGAGAGUUGCUGUGGGCGGCAGAUGCGAGCAAUGAGGAGCUGGAUGAGAAGGAGAGCGAACAGGCCCGUCUCCGGUCCAUCAUCGCGAAUCUGAGUCAACAGCGCGACUACUGGAAGGCAGAAACUGAAGAGCAAGCCAAGAUCAUUGCAGACCUGGACCAUGGAAUGACGGAGCGCGAGAAUGUCUACUUGGGCAACCAGAAUGAGAGCAAGGCUAGCAAGCUCAAGGGCGCGAACAAGAAGGUCAGGCACGCCAAGGAAGUCGCUGGGAAAGAAGAGGAAAAGGCCAAAGAAGCCGUAGGAGCCAAACAGCGCCAUCUUGCAUCUCAACGUAAGAUGAAGAAAGAACGCGACGAUGCGCUGGCGGCGUUGCAGGAACAGCAAAAGGCCAACGAAAAGCUUCGCGCAGAACUCGAGGUCGAGCAGUCCGGCGCUCCGCACAAGCGCGACGCUGCUGUCGAUGCAAACAAUACCGUGGUGGUCAUUCCUAUUCAGUUUGAAGUGCGCCGUAUCGAUAUCCAGCGCAUCAUGGCGGAGCUGGGACGAUACCAGGUGGACAUGACUGCAUAUGUCAAGACAUGGUACAAGCGAUGGUGUGGACUGAAGGAGGAUGGGCAGGUUCCCGGUGCAGGCGCUUCCGAAGAGGCCAGGAUGAAGGCCAGACUGUAUGAGGACAUGGUCGAGAAUGCGAAUGGUUGUGUGGAGACUGGGGCAGAGCACGAUGGCUGGCGCUCGAGGCGUGCUUUGGAGGCCGUCUGUCGACACGCCAAAGCCUGCUAUAAUGAGGAGGGCUAA